UUGAGGAGGUCUGGUUACUGCGGGGUGCCGGAGGGCCGCCGGAGAGGAGACGCCGGGCCCGGCGAACGCACCUCCGCCGCUCGCAGCCGCCGGCGUCCGCCACGCGCUCGACGAAGUGCCGCGCGCCUAAACUCUCCGAGGCUCUCACUCCUAGCGCCCGCCGCGGCUGAUGCCGCUCGCCGGCAUUGCCCUCGCGCCUCUCCUCGUCUCACCCCUCGCGUCUUCGCCUCACCGUAGCAGCGUUGCCACUGCCGCCGCGAGGAGACCAAGAGCUCUCAAGCGAGCUCGGUGCUCGGUUACAGCCGCUUCCGGUGAAGCCGGUGAGCUGUCGCGCGCGACGCUGCUAUGGAGGGCGGCAAAGCUACCCAUCUACUCCGUGGCGCUAGUGCCACUCACCGUAGGGAGCGCUUCUGCUUAUCAUCAUGCGGGUUUAUUCUUUACCAAGCGCUAUUUUGUUCUCCUGACAGCAGCAGUCCUCGUGAUCACUUGGCUCAAUCUCAGCAAUGAUGUUUAUGACUCGGAUACAGGGGCUGAUAAGAACAAGAAAGAAUCUGUUGUCAGCAUUACUGGCAGUCGAGCAAUGACACAAAAUGCCGCAAACAUUUCCCUAUUCCUCGGCUUUGCAGGGCUAUUUUGGGCCUUUGCAGAAGCCAGGGAUAUCAGAUUCAUUUUAUUGGUGAUGUCUGCAAUCUUCUGUGGUUAUGUUUACCAGUGUCCUCCAUUCCGAUUAAGUUAUCAAGGACUAGGUGAGCCAUUGUGUUUUGCUGCAUUUGGUCCAUUGGCCACCACAGGUUUUUACUUCUCAAACAGCAACACAAAUAUUUCAAGCGGAAUGGCACUUCUCCCUCUCACCAAAACAGUUAUAGCUUCGUCUGUUCUUGUUGGGCUGACAACUACUUUGAUACUCUUCUGCAGCCAUUUCCAUCAGAUUGAUGGAGACCUUGCUGUUGGAAAGAUGUCUCCACUGGUAAGAAUUGGCACUAAAGCAGGAUCGCGGAUAGUGUCAAUUGGGAUUCUCACGCUUUACAUUCUCUUGGCUGCAUUUGGCUUAUGUAGAUCUCUCCCACCAGCUUGCAUUGUCCUCUGUGCCCUUACUCUGCCCAUGGGCAAAUUGGUUGUGGACUAUGUGCUGAAAAAUCACGAGGACAACACAAAGAUAUUCAUGGCGAAGUACUACUGCGUGCGCUUGCACGCGCUGUUUGGGAUGGCACUAGCUUCGGGUUUGUUCUUGGCCCGUAAUGGUAUAUUAUCCUGACAGUGACAGAUAGAUAGGCAGCAUUGAAAUCCAGGAGAGGAUCCAGAGCAGUAGAGCAACAUGCAGUUUCAGAUUCAGCGAACGCACAGCCUUCAAUUGCGUUCUGAACUAACUUCAGAUUCGACAACCGAACAGACUGAGCAAUGAGAUCGGAUGCAGCACUGAACAGGAGCAGUUUUGCCAAGAAACGGAAGAGGAAUGGCCUAGGAGAAGUAUGACUACUACAACGUCAGAACUCAGAUGCACACCGGCCCGUAUUGGACGGCAAGUUGCGAGUUGAAUGAAGAGGACCAUUUGCUUCAGGAUCCGGUUUUUGCCCAAGGAGCACGCCUUGUAUGUACGCUUUGACCCGCUCGGGCUUGCUCGUGCACGGUCAGAUUGCCGUUGCGCCGGGGGACGAGUCAUCAUCAUGGAUAUGAAUUGAUUACCAAGCGAGGACGAGUCAUGUACAAGCAUUACUUCUCUCUGCACAAACGUACCGACUGACCAUAGAGAUUUUGGGAGAUUUCAUUCACAUUCACACCGUUUUAUUUCACAUUUUGCCUUUGUACUUUUGGUUAGUGGUUUGCCAGUGGCCGUUAAUUUCUUGUAAUUGCAACGUCCUGUUUCCAUCUGUGCAAGCUAGAGUAUUAAACGGAUGCUACUGUGUACUGACAACGCUAUAACUACUGCUGCUGCAAAGUGUUCCCCAUA